AUGAAAAUUGGACCAAACAGUUACAAUGUGUACACGAAUAUAGAUGCGAACCGUAUCAAGAAAGCGGAACAAUCACUCAGUUUCGGCGCAAAAGAAGCCCGCAUGCAAUUGAAAGCUUUCCGAAAGGAAAAAGAAGCCGAAGAGACUAGACAGUCUGAACAGUCAUUACUUGAGCCAAUACUUCAUCCAUUUACUGAUUUGAAUGCCGGUGUGCAAUGUGACAGUGGUCUGAAUAGGAACAGCAGUCCAGCCGAGAUUUUGAAAAAGUUUCUUUCGGAAGAUAUGAUUGAGAUGAUUUGUUACGAAACAAAUAGGUAUGCUGCAGAGACAAAAAAUGCCUUGAGUCUUGCUAACAAACUGAAGCCGCAAUCGAGAAUACUAAAAUAUACAGAAACAGAUCCUGAUGAAAUGAAUACAUUCCAUGCAAUAAUUAUUUUGAUGGGAAUUAUACACAAACCAUCACUUGCCAUGUAUUGGAUCAAAGAUACAAUGUUAGCAACACCCUUUUUUUCUUCUGUGAUGACAUACAACAGAUUCCGUCAUUUGCUGACUCUACUAUAUUUCUCCGAAAAUGAGGAUGAUUCAACAGAUAAGCUUAGAAAAAUUCGUCCUGUUUACGAACUUCUGGUUGAAAACUUCAAAGCCGUUUAUAGACCAGGAAAAGAUAUAAGCAUUGACGAAUCAUUGAUACCGUGGAAAGGUCGACUAAGUUUUAGGCAAUGUAAUCGAAAUAAACGAGCUCGUUUCGGGAUAAAAGCAUACAAAAAUUGCGAGUCAAAAACUGGCUACGUUUAUGAUGUGAACAUAUACACAGGUAAAGAUCGUGAAAAUGAAAGAGCCCGUAAAAGAAUAGACAUAUCUGGCACAGUAGUAAAAACAUUACUUGGAGAUCUCGCAGGUCAAGGCCGAUCGCUUUACAUUGACAACUGGUAUAUAUUUCCACUUUUGUGCAAAGAGCUUGUCGAUGAAAAAACGAAUGUCUGCGGAACCGUGCGUGAAAAUCGUAAAUACAUGCCGAAGGAGAACACAAAAAAUCUAAGAGUUGGUGACAUGACAGUUUGGUACACUCCAAAAAUGGCUUUUCUGGCAUGGAAAGACAAAAAAGUUGUUACGAUGCUCACAACAAUGCACAAUCCAGUCAUGAUUGAUACCGGAAAAAUAGAUAGGCACACCAAGAAAAAGAUCAUGAAGCCAAAUGUUAUUUCUUAUAAUAACAAUAUGGGAGGUGUAGAUAAAAAACAGAUCAGUCUAUUUCUUCUUACGAAACGAUUCACAAGACUGUCAAGUGGUAUCACAAAUUAUACUUUCAUUUAUUCGAUACUGCAAUUUACAAUGCUUUCGUCGUCUAUAAUCAUCUCCACUGACUAA